AUUCAUUCAGCACCACACCCGUGCAACAAUCGAAGCUUUUCGUCUCUCAUCUCCGCUAACUUCCAAUCAACUUCGAAUCUAUCCGAGCGCGUGCGGCCAUUGUGUCUACAAUCAAGAUGGGACGUCGGCUUGAUAUCGUGUACCUGAUCUUUUUCAUCAUUCAUCUUCCUAUUAUGUUCGUCGUCGACCUCACACCCUUCUACCCCGACUCCAUCAAGCCCGCCUUCAUGACCUCCCUCCGCUCCUACUACGUCACAACCUACCGCGACCAAUUCUUCAUCGCCCCACCCGCCUGGUUCACAACCUACCUCUACAUGGAACUCCUCUAUCACGUCCCGCUCACCCUCUACGCCAUCCGCGCCCUCUGGUCCGCCCCGCUGCAGCCUAAAGCGAUGCUGCAUCUGCUCCUGUUCUCCGCGCAAGCGGGCCUGACCACGCUGACCUGUAUCGCGGAGGCGCUGAGUUGGGAUCGGAAUCUGGAGGAGCAGGGGAGGCUCAUGGGGUUGUAUGUGCCGUAUGUUGCUUUCGCGGUGCUGAUGGGGGUGGAUAUGUUUGGGAGGCUGAGUGGGGUUGUUGGGGGGGCGGUGGGGGGAGAGGGGAAGAAGAGGGUGUAG